AUGGAUAUCGAUAACCCACCUCUAUCAAGCCCCGGUGGCCCGUCAUCGACCCCCGCCGAAGACCGACGCAAAUCCGGUCGACAGACGCGACGACCCGAAGUAUUCUCGCAAACUGCAUAUUCUGCCGAAGAACAAGCUGCCGGUGGGAAGCGCAAGCGAGACGGGGCGCGUGAGGACGGUGAUGAGGACGCGUCUGAAUCCGACAGUGAUGAUAUUGGUGACGACGAGACCGAUGAGGAGGCAUUGAAAGACAAGCGACGCGCCGCGCGUCGAACUGGUGCUAAGAAAUCCAAAUCGAAAUCCAAGGCCAAGGGCUCGCACGCUUCGAAGAAACCGAAGGUCGCAAGUAACGGGUUAGGGAGACAGCUCGCCUUCCGACCAGCCACCAAUGGUCGACUGCCUGCUGCUCGUCCCCGGAAACCGAAAGUACGACCCAGUCUUGCGGCGGGCGAACGCGGAUUAUUCGCCGAGGUGUUCGGGAAAAGCAGCAAUGCCGAUACGGUGGCCGCUCAGUGGCUGUCUCAAUAUCAGCGCAACAAUGGUCAGGCCAUGCGGGACCUCGUCAACUUCAUCCUGCGAUGCACGGGUACCGAUCUUGAGAUCGACAUUAACGAAGUGGAAGACGUUGAUAAUGCCCCGGGCCGAAUCGAAGACCUGCAGAACCUUUACCAAGCAGAAGGCAUCACCGAAUACCCUAUCAUUUCCAAAGCGAAGAAGUUCAAAGCUUUCUCAGUCCUCCUCGAAGAAUUCACCGUCGCACUGAUCCAAACUUUCCAUGCCUCUUCCAUCCUGUACACCGACGAUACCCUGCUCGAAAAUAUUCAGAUCUGGAUCUCUUCCAUGUCAACAUCAAAAUGUCGACCAUUCCGGCAUACAGCGACCUUGGUCUCCCUCGCAAUCAUGAAUGCUUUAUGUAAUAUUGCGCGUGAGGUGACGACAAGCGUAUCUACCUCCAGAAAGCAACUCGAAAGUGAGAAGAAAAAGAAGACGAUAAACAAAGGUCGCGUGGAAGCAAUUCAAAAGGCUGUGUCAGAGGGCGAACAGAAGGUGGAACGACUAGACGAGUUCCUGCAGGAUGGGUUCGAUACUGUAUUUGUCCAUCGCUACCGGGACAUUGACGGUCAGAUCCGUGCCGAAUGUUUGACAGCUCUAGGCGGAUGGAUUCGCACAUACCGAGAAAUAUUCUUUGAGGGCCAGUACUUGCGAUACCUGGGAUGGACUCUCGCCGAUGUCGUUGCGCAGACCAGACUUGUCGCCUUGACUGAGCUUUUGAGCCUUUAUGAGAACCGUGACAACCUUGCUGGUUUGCAUUCAUUCACUGAGCGAUUCCGGCAGCGAAUCGUUGAGAUUGCUGUUCAAGAUACUGACAUUUCGGUGCGUAUGGUUGCGAUUGAGUUGCUUAACCACCUUCGUGAAGGGGGUUUACUCGAGCCAAAUGAUAUUGACGCUGUGGGUCGACUGGUAUUUGAUUUGGACCCCCGAAUUCGGAAAACAGCUGGACGCUUCUUUGUUGCCAACGUUCAAGAUGCAUACGAGUCAAUCACCGAGGAAGUGGGAGAGGAGAUCGCCGAGUUGCUGGCUGAUGAUGAUGAAGACGACUACGAAUCGCCUAAGCACUCAUGGGUCAAGUUUAAAUGCCUCGCCGAAUUGUUCCAGGCCUACGAUGCACAACAAGCCGAACAGCAAUCUGAGCCAAUGUCUCGCGACACACUGCUGGGAGCGGCUGUGGAGUCGCGCUUUGCUCUCGCGACUGAGGCUGUCUUCCCCCACCUGGAAGAGCUUUCUCAAUGGCCGUCGCUGGCUGGUUAUCUGCUCUAUGACCACUCUCAAAUUACUGAUACGCCAUCUGAAGAUGAUACUGCAGGAGUUGUAAAAAACAUGUACAAAUUGCAAGAGGGACAAGAAUCUAUCCUUCUGGAGGUGCUCUGUGCCGCAGUCAAACUCCGUGUUCUCGACAUCGCUAAGUCUGAUAUCGACAAGCGUGGGCGCAAAACCAAGGCUCUGGCAGCCAAGAUUUCCGAGCUCCAAGAAGAACUUUCUCACAACCUUGCUCAGAUCAUUCCAGGGCUCCUUAAUAAGUUUGGGUCUACACCGGAAGCUGCUUCUGCCGUUCUGCGAUUGGAACACCUUGUGGACUUGAACACAAUUCAGGAUCUACAAAAAGACGCCACGGCUUAUACCUCGCUGCUCAAUGAUAUCAACAAGCAAUUCUUGACUCAUUCGGAUCACGAUGUUCUGGCCGAAGCUAGUGUGGCUUUCUUGCACGCCAAGAGCUCCGAGGAGAUGCGAGAGGCGCUCGAGGGCAAGGUCCAAGAGCUAUGGGAUGAUAUGGUGGAGGCACUGGCUGCCUUGUCUCGGAAGAAGGACGUCCAGGAAGGCGGCUCAAUAUCCGAGCCCACUCUCACCGAUUUGACCAACACUGUCUGCCGAAUCUCAAAUCUCGCUGGAAUCACAGAUUGUGCCUCCAUUCUCGAAACUGCCCCUAGUUCACGAUCGAAAUCCAAGAAGGACAACACUGAAGCCCCAUUCAACACCCUCAUUCGUCUUGCCGAACGUGGUCUGCGCAGCGAAGAUGAUGAUGAGGAUACCGCCAAGGCGGAGAACGAGCUGGUAUCAAGCAGUAUCCGGUCGUUGCUUUUCUAUUUCAUGUGGAAGGUGCAGGCACUGUCCACAGCCCUGAAUGACGGAAAAGCCUCCUUCAACACAUCCUACUUCGAAGCACUAACAAAGAGCCGCGAAACUUUCGCCUCAACGCUCGUCAACAUCAUGGAAACGCGCUCCGGGCUGGAUGACCUCACACUCCGCAACAUCGGCCAAGACAAAGGCAACGACGAAGACGUCCUGUUCCAAACUCAAGGACUAAUCCAUGAAAUCGGACCUGAGACGCAGACCCUCAUCACCAAGAUCCACGGCAUAGCCGAGCGCACAUGCGCCAAGAAAUCAAGAAUCAACCUCGAACCCGCAGACGACGACGCCCCAGCCUCAGAAGACGAGCUCGACUCCGAAGAUGAAGCCAGCGACUCCGAAGACGAAGCAGUCCUGAACGACCGCCUCCGCAGCAGCAUUGUUGCCGAACAACGUCUCUGCGAGCUGACAGGCAAGCUCGUCCUCGCCAUCAUCGCCCGUAUAAUCGACGCCUCCGGCUCCAAGCGCGGCGCCCUGAAGAAGCGUCUCCUCCGUAACAAGACCGCGCUUGGCCACAACUACAGAGAGGUCCUGUCUUAUCUGGAAGAGCGUAAGCCCCGCAGCGCCCCCCGCGCCAAGGGGAAACAGCCUGCCAAGCCUGCUGCUUCUCCUGCUAAGGGGUCCAAGUCUACUGAGCACGUCGAUGAUGACGAUGAGAAUGACCACCCUGAGCCUGUUGAGGAAGACGAUGAGGAGGAUCUGCGUGCGCGCGGACUUAUCGAGGAGGUUGAGCAUGAGAAUGGGGACGAGGACGAAGAACUCACCCCUGCGCCUGAGGCUGAUGAGGAUGAGGUAAUGGGUGACUGA